GCGAGCCGGGGCUGAGCAUCGGCGCUUCAGCGGCCCCCGGACGGUUGUGAGUUUCUCCGCAUUUCCCCGAGGCGCUGAGCCCGGAAGGCCGGGAAGUCUGCGAGCGGCCACACCUUCCCACGCCCCGGGAAACCCGAAGUUGGCACCGCUGCGGGCACCGCCUCCCGGCCCCGCCGGCCCUUCCAUCGAAGAAGCAGCGGAGAGAGCCGGGAAGCCCUCUGGCCAUGGGGCGACCUGACUGAGGCACUGGGGGACCCCGGCCAAAAUCAACGCCCCCCCCCGUCCUCUCUUUUUGGAAGGGGGCCUCUCGCACGCGUGUGGCGUCCGAGCCUCUUCUGGAAGCGCGCCGAGAGCGCUUCGCCGCCGUUUGGAAAGGCGCGAAGGCAAAAUGGGAUUACCGAGCAAGGGGCAAAUGCCUUUGGCCAAGUGGGCCGUGAGUCUUUUCUUCUUCGGCGAAGUUGUCUUUGGACUCUAUGUUCCCAGGAAAGAAUAUCAUGAGAAUGUCUACAUUGAUCAGCCCGUCGGACUGCCCUUAUUGCGCAUCCAUGCCUUGAAAGACUCUGAGGAGGAAGAGGUCCACUUUGGGCUCUGCCCUGAUCUCGUUAUCCAGAGAGAUGGAAUUCAUAAAAAUCUAUGGUUUCAGAUCCAAGAGAAUACAGGACUUCUCUUCUUCAACAGGAGUCUAGAGAAAGACUUGCAUAAAAUGUUACUUGGAGGAAGCUGGGCGACAAUGUCGAAGCUGGUAUUUCCAGUUCUCCUCUCAUCCCAACCUUUCCAAGGAAAAGAAUGUCAAAGUGCACAUUCAUACAAUUUGCAGCAUGUACCACAUGCCAAGGUGACACUCUCUGUCAUUAACGCUACCAUGCCAUCUUGCCAUUCCACGGCACUGGGCCAAAUGUGUUUCACGGAUAUGGACCUCUCUUUUCAAAUCAAGGAGAACAAACCGCCAGGAACAUUUCACCAGCUCCAGCUGUUCCCUCAGCAACAGCCAUGCCAGAACAUCAGCAUUUCAUACAAGGUGAUAGCAGAUGAAUCUCUGCCAUUUCAUUACGAUCAAAACACCACAACUAUCAGAGUGACGCGGUCUCUAGAUCGGGAGACACGGGAGAAGUACGAGCUGCUCGCCAAGUGCACUGUGAGAGAUGCUUCCAAGGAGACCUCCAAAGAGGUGCCCUUACUUGUAACUGUGUUGGAUGAAGAUGACACGCCCCCUUUCCUUCCUAACGGCACCAACACAGCCGACGCGGUUGUGGAGUUCUGCAGGAAAGAGGGCACUGUUCUAGCAACACUCAUGGUCUAUGAUGCAGACACUACUCCGAUUUUCCCACUUGAGAAUAGCAGAAAGAAGUACACCGGCACUAUCAGCACAUCAGAUGCAUGGGUCAAAGAAACCUUUCGAGUGGAGCAUAUAUUCAAUGAGAUCUACUUCAACCCAAAUGGCAGCCAAGUGAGAGGAACUCAGCAUGAAUACAAACUGGUGCUAAAUAAAGUUAUUUCAAUUACUGAAAGCCGCUCCUUCCAACUGGACGUUAUCGUCAAUGACACAGAAUACCAGGGUCCGGACAAAUCCCUCAUGCUGCACUUUAACAUCUCCAUUCUUCCAGUCAGCAUCCAGUUUCCGAAUAUCACAUACCAGUUCACAGUGAACAGAAAUGCUGCCAACUUUUCACAAAUAGGAAAAAUCUGCAUCAACAACUGCAUGAGGUUUUGUGGCAUCAAUAUCAUGUACAGCUUACAGGCCCCAAAUGUCAGUUGCUAUGCUGUGAAUAUUGUGCAAAGCCACGAAGACAAGGAUGGAAGCCUUUAUGUGAAUGACUCUGCUGUGCUCCGGAAACCCGAGUGCAAAGAAAUCCAGUACCCUGUCCUGGCUGUAGAGAAGCAGAGCAAAAAAGAAGCUCACAGCUACCUCACAGUUAUCCUGGAUGGAAAACUGAUACGUAAUGAUGAAGGCUGUUUAGACUCGUGUGCUAGAAGCAAGACCCGAUCCGAGUGUGAAGAGUGUGGUGGCCUCGGAGUGUUAACGGGGAGGUGCCAGUGGCGAAAGGGAAGUGGGACAGGAAUUACUCCAAACUAUUCUACUUGCAGUCCUAGCAUCAGGACCUGCCCAGAUGGUAAAUGUGAUACAGUUGAGAGCAAAGAUCCAAGGAUAUGUCCUCAAGAUUGCACAAAUACCAACAUCAUUGGUGGUCAUGAGAGAGGUCUUACCGGAAUCAAGGCAGGAAAUGGAAUUUGUUACUGCUUCCCAGAAGAAAACUGUUAUUGUGAGAAAGAUGAUAUCAAAGAGCCGUUGUGUGAUGACAUGUGCAAAACAGUGAUUGCAGGAGGCGUCCUACUUUCCUUCAUUAUUUCAGUGCUCCUUUCUUCCUACUUCAUCCAUCGUUACCACAAAAAUUCUCCAAAGCCACCUAUUGCCUCAGCAGAGAUGACCUUCCGUCGCCCGGCCCAAUCCUAUCCUAUAAGCUACUCAUCAACUAACGUUCGGCGACCCUCAAUGGACUCUGAAAACCAAGGGUCGGUAGAUGCCUUUAAAAUACCUGAGGACCCAAAGUGGGAAUUUCCUCGGAAGAAUCUGGUGCUUGGCAAGACCCUUGGAGAAGGAGAAUUUGGAAAAGUUGUCAAGGCGACAGCGUUCAGACUCAAAGGGAAAGCUGGCUAUACAACAGUGGCUGUGAAAAUGCUCAAAGAAAAUGCUUCCCAGAGCGAACUGAGAGAUCUGCUUUCGGAGUUCAAUCUUUUGAAACAGGUCAACCAUCCACAUGUCAUCAAACUCUAUGGAGCUUGCAGCCAGGAUGGGCCUUUGUAUUUAAUAGUUGAAUAUGCCAAAUAUGGCUCCUUGCGCAGUUUUCUGAGGGAAAGCCGGAAAGUGGGGCCCAGUUACGUGGGCAGCGAUGCCAAUAGGAAUUCCAGCUACUUGGAUAAUCCGGAUGAGCGGGCCUUGACCAUGGGAGACCUCAUCUCAUUUGCCUGGCAGAUAUCUCGUGGGAUGCAGUAUCUGGCUGAAAUGAAGCUUGUACAUCGAGAUUUAGCAGCCAGAAACGUGUUGGUAGCAGAAGGGCGUAAGAUGAAGAUUUCUGAUUUCGGUCUGUCACGUGAUGUUUAUGAGGAGGACUCCUACGUCAAGCGCAGCAAGGGCCGGAUACCUGUCAAAUGGAUGGCAAUAGAAUCUCUCUUUGAUCAUAUCUAUACAACACAAAGCGAUGUGUGGUCAUUUGGAGUUCUGCUGUGGGAGAUUGUCACCCUGGGUGGAAAUCCUUAUCCGGGUAUUGCUCCUGAAAGACUGUUUAACCUCUUGAAAACAGGCUAUAGAAUGGAGAAGCCAGAAAACUGCAGUGAGGAAAUGUACAAUCUGAUGCUUCGCUGCUGGAAACAGGAACCAGAUAAGAGGCCAACAUUUGCUGAGAUCAGUAAAGAAUUGGAGAAAAUGAUGGUAAAGAGUAGGGACUAUUUAGACCUUGCAGCUUCUACCCCUUCCGACUCCUUGCUUUACGAUGAUGGACUCUCAGAAGAGGAGACACCCCUCGUGGACUGUAAUAAUGCACCCCUCCCUCGAACCCUCCCUUCCACAUGGAUUGAAAACAAACUCUAUGGCAUGUCAUACCCGAACUGGCCUGAGGAGAGCCCCGUUCCACUCACAAGAUGCGAUGGCCCUAUGUCUGUGUUUUCAAGAUAUGCAAAUGAUAGUGUAUAUGCUAACUGGAUGGUUUCACCCUCAGCGGCAAAAUUUAUGGACAAGUUUGAUAGUUAACAGUGUCUUUGUGAAAGGUAACGGACUCAGGAGGGGGAGUAAGUGUCCAAAGAGUGGCCCUCCCCUUGGCACAUUCUUUGUAUAAUAACUGGUUAUGGCAACAGGAGUUUCUAAAAUGGGAAAUGUUUCCUCUACAUUUUGGCAGUUCCUCCAGUGCUCCCCACCUCUGGUCAUGAUGAAUAUUAUAAUUGACUUUCUCUCCUGUUAAAGGCAUAUCAAACUGGGUCAUAUUGCGGUUCCAGUGCUUGUUGUGGUUCAUGCCUGCUUCCAGGUAGUCCAGUGUGGUAUUACUUGUGGCCAGUGAGCUUCAUGCUUACAGUAGUUUAGGGCAAUGGCCUGGUCCUGGAACUGUCAGAAAGGGGGUGGGGAAGAAACCCUGUUGCUGCAUUGCAAACUGCUACUUCUGUGGUCAAUGCUAAGGAAAGGCGAAUUGAUCGAAGCACGAAGCACAAAUGAUACAAUGGGAACAAUUUGCUCCAAAAAUUCCUGAGCUUGCUUAAGUGUUACCAUGUUGUUGGCAGUAACAAGUUCUGAGUUAAGAGCAUUGAGUGAUUCAGGUCAGUGUUGAGAUUCAACGUUAACAGUCUUGAAAAUCUCUAGAAAAUAUAUUGUUCUGUCUUAAUGCAAAAAGAGGGGGGGAUUGUUUUUAAAUCAGGGUUAAACUGUUCUAAACUUUAGCACAAUGGAAAACUUUGAUACCAGAUAUGCUGUAUUAGAGACUGGAUCUCAUAAUGUUCACCGGAUAUAACUUAUUUUCAUUCACAUUCAUUUUACUGAUGUCUCCAAAUCUGCUCAGGAUGUUUUGAAAUGAGCUAACGUGACGGGACCUGGUUUGUAGUCUCACCCAGUGGGUUCUAGUCCGCUCAGCUCAAAUUUCUCAAUUUCUACCACCCCUUGCACAGUCAAAGGGCUGAUGCAGGUGUAAAGCUGGCCCCCAGUUAAAUGUGAUUAACAAGCUGAGAGUCAACUUCAAGAAAUAACAUUUCCUUAGAGCAAAUUUCCCUGUGUGUCCUCCCCUUCACCGCAGCUUAUUGAUGCUAAUGUUAACCACGUUUCAGAUUAACUAGAUUUUUCCAUAUCCCAAUACCCAAAACCCACUUUAAUCUGCAGUUUCAGAUUCUGGAUAAAUAGAAACCAUGAAGAUCCUAACUUAACCAUAGUUAACAUUGGCGCAGCCAAACAGAACACAGUUGAAAGGAAAGGGAGGGAGUUCCCAUUGGGGAAGUAUGGGUUCCCAAGACUGUUUCUUAAUUGGUUAACCACAGUUAACAGGCAGCCAGCAUUGCAUCUGCACCAGCCUCCAGAGAAUGCUAAACUGACACAACUCCAAGUAUUUUUUUUCUUUUGCAAUUCAUGUGCAAAUUUUUAGUUAAGCCUCUGUUCCUUUUUUAUGUGCUCACUUUGCUCUACAAGUAUAGAAAAAUGUCCACGGGUUUUUUCUUAAAGAGCAAAGCUAAGUGAUGUUUUAAGUUCAAUGUGGUGUUUUGGAAGAUGAUCUCUUACUGAACUUUUAUGAGAUGGUUGACAGACGGCAUUACAUUACAGCAUUUUGGCUGUUUUCACACUGCUUACUGGCCACGGAACAUCCGUGGCCGGUAAGCAGUGUGAAAACAGCCUUUGUUUGUAAUUUCAUUCGUUCGGGGGGCGGGGGCGGGGAAUGCUUGUUUGUCUGAAGAAUGCCGGAAUGGUCACCCAGUGUUCUUUUUGGAUACUCUUGCAUAGUCAAAGGUUAUACCAAAGUAUUGCUUCUGUCUCUUAGGGUUCUGCUGUGUGGUUCUGUGUCUUUCCAUUACCUCUUUCCAUUAUUACAGAAAUCAAUGAGUCAGAUUGCCAAACAUUGUAAACCAUUCUCUCCAUGCAAGAGGUCUGAACAUCUCAUUAGGAUAAAAUGGUUUAAAAGGAAGCCCUGUCCUCAGACAAAGAGGCAGGGCAAAGUUUUCUUUGUAUAAACUAACUACUACACUAUAUGCUGUGUUUACAAAAAAAGAAAAGAAAAUAUAACUGCCUACAGAGAUGCGAAACAGCCCUGAGUAUACUGUAACAAGCAAUCAUCUCAAAUAAUAAAAAUGAAAAUGUAA